AUGUACGUGAGCUACCUCCUGGACAAGGACGGGCCCAUGUACCCCGGCCCCGUGCGCCACUCGGGGGGGCUCAACCUGGCGGCGCAGAACUUCGUGGGCGCCCCCCAGUACGCGGACUACGGGGGCUACCAUGUGAACCUCGACAGCUCCCAGUCCCCCGGCACGGCCUGGCCGGCUCCCUACGCCGCUCCUCUCCGCGACGACUGGGGAGCCUACGGGCAAGGGGCGCCGCCGGCCGCCGGAACCGUCCACGGCCUCAACGGGGGCUCCCCGGCCGCAGCCAUGGCCUACAGCCCCGCCGAAUACCACCACCACCACCCGCACGCCCACCACCACGCCGGCCCCUCGCCCCACUGCUCCGCCGGGGUCAUGCAGCCCCUCAACGCCGCCGCCGCCGCCGCCGGGGCCGCCCCGGAGCCGCUGUCCCCCGGGGGGCAGCGCCGAGGGCUCUGCGAGUGGAUGAGGAAACCGGCGCAGCCCCCCCUCAGCAGCCAGGUUAAAACCAGGACGAAAGACAAGUACCGCGUCGUCUACACCGACCACCAGCGGCUGGAGCUGGAGAAGGAGUUCCACUACAGCCGCUACAUCACCAUCCGGAGGAAAGCGGAGCUGGCCUCCAGCCUGGGGCUGUCCGAGAGGCAGGUGAAAAUCUGGUUCCAGAACCGGCGGGCGAAGGAGAGGAAGAUCAACAAGAAGAAGCUGCAGCAGGCGCAGCCCGGCGGUGCGGAGCCGCUCAGCCCCGGCGCCCCUCUGCAGGGUCCCACGGGGGGGGCGGCAGCCGCCGGGCUGGGUCCCGCCGCCCCCCAGUGA